AUGGCCGACUAUUCGCCGGUCGCAACAACCUUUGUCCUCCUCGGUGUCACGUGCUGCUGCCUCGGAUACCGCCUCGCCUACAUGAUUGCGCUCUUCGUUGGUCUCCUCGGUAGCCUCUUUACGUUCUACGUCUCGCCGCUCGCGGCGAUCGCACCCGUUGCGAUCGUCACCCUUGUCUUUUACGCCGGCCACCGCCACGGCGGUCUCGACGAGGCCAUGCGCUGGACCACACUGACCUUGAUCGCGCUGGCGAUGACGACCGUCGGUGCCAUUAGUACCUACGCGAUGCGUCCGAUUGUCGACGUCGCCUUUGGUAUCGUGGCCGGUGUCUGGGCAGCGGUCGUCGCCCUUCUCUUCCUCCGAUGCAGCGAGCGCACGGCGCUCAUCGUGGCAACCUCAACGCUCGGCGCAGCUCUCAUCAUGCACGGCAGCACGUUUGCG